ACAGGUGAAUCUCUACAGGUCACAGUGCAACCUGCUUCCAUUGUCCAAAAGCUUGGGGGCCCAGUCAGCCUGGGGUGUGUGGUGGACCCCCCAAGAGUGAACCUCACCUGGAGACUGAAUGGGAAGGAGCUUGCUGGCUGGGCUGAGGUGCUGGGUAUCCACAUGGAGCAGGGGAAGCUUGUCAUCCUGGCUCUCAACAACCACACCGUGGGGAGAUACCAGUGCAUUGCUCGUGUGCCUGAAGGAGUCAUUGCCAGUGUCCCUGCAGUGGUCACCUUAGCUAAUCUCAAAGAUUUCAAGUUUGAUGGGCAGCACGUGAUUGAGGUGGAUGAAGGGAACACGGCCGUGAUUGCCUGCGACCUGCCCGAGAGUCACCCCAAGGCUCAGGUCCGCUACAGCGUGAAGCAGGAGUGGCUUGAGGCCUCCCGAGACAAUUACCUGAUCAUGCCAUCUGGCAACCUGCAGAUAGUCAAUGCCAGCCAGGAGGAUGAGGGCACUUACAAAUGUGCUGCCUACAACCCCGUGACACAGGAGGUGAAGACCUCUGUCUCCAGCGAGAGGCUCCGCGUGAGACGCUCCACAGCAGAGGCAGCCCGGAUAAUCUACCCCCCCGAAGCUCAGACCAUCAUCGUCACCAAGGGCCAGAGCCUCAUGCUGGAGUGCGUGGCCAGCGGGAUCCCCCCUCCCCAGGUCACCUGGGCCAAGGAUGGCUCCAGUGUCUCUGCCUACAACAAGACACGUUUCCUGCUCAGCAACCUCCUCAUCGACCCCACCAGCGAGGAGGAUUCGGGCACCUACAGCUGCACAGCUGACAACGGGGUCGGGGAGCCCGGAGCCGCCUUCAUCUUCUACAACGUGCAGGUGUUCGAGCCCCCGGAGGUGACCGUGGAGCUGUCGCAGCAGAUCAUUCCCUGGGGCCAGAGCGCCAGGUUCACCUGCGAG